AUGGCUAACCUGCAGAUUGAAUUCAGCGAGAGUCUCUUCUACAAGCAGAACUCCUUCUGGGUUACUAAAAACCCUGUCUUCAGAACGGAUCAGUAUAGCUGUGUGGUUACGAAACUACCAGAUACUACAUGCGAAGAUCAUUUUCCUGCCGAACUCUUUGAGGGUAUUAAUGUGAGGACCAAUGCCGCUUAUAUUAUUCCUUUCAAACUUGGCAAAUUCACCAAUAAUGCUAGAGAGCAAGUCCGUCUUUGGACUACUAUCUAUGCUCUAUUCCCAGAACUCAAAGACAUCAUCGGACAGAGUUCGGUCAAUGAGCCAUGA